UAGCUAGCUAGGUUUUGAGUGGUGAUAGGUAGGCUACUGAAUAGACUUUAAGAUUAACAUAUCACAGUCUCUUUUGUUUUUAAUGAGAGGAUGUUUGGUAAUGAACGAUUUACGUUAAUAUAAAAAAACGCAGUUGCUAAAUUAUCAGGCACAAUAAACACUUAAGUAUUGAUAGAUCCAUUCCUAACUUGUGCGGAAGAAUACACCACACUACGCUACAGUGACCGAGUGAAAGGAGAGGAGUUCAGAAACUUAGAGCUCGGCUUAACUUUUUUCUUCAAUACGCCGAGAAAUAAGAAGAAACACAAAGGAAGGACACCACAACAAUUUAUUUAAAACCGAGACAACCUGUUUUUCUUAUUAUUGUCCUUUACCAAAAGCACUGUAUAGUAAGAAGUUGUGAAGUUUAAGAUCACCUAACCUGACGGAGCUCAGCCUCGCGCUGGAGACUCUAUGUGGAUUUUACAAAAAAUAUGGGCCAGCUACCCGGUUUCUCCUCGGGCAAAGUCGUUUUCUUCAUCGCCUUAUGCAUCCGACUUUCGUGGGCUCUGCAGUGUCUGGAUGCCACAAAGCCCUGUGUGAACAACGCCACCUGUGUCACAUUCAACAACGGUACAGGAUACUGCAGGUGCGCUCCUGGCUUCCUGGGUGAGUACUGUCAUCACAGAGACCCCUGUCGCCCGGGUUACUGCCUGAAUGGGGGAAACUGCACUGUCAGCGUGUCUGGGGUGCCAGGCAACCCCACCUGCUCCUGUCCCCUGGGCUUCACUGGUCAGAACUGCCAGACGCCCCAGAACUCUACCUGCUACCCCAAGAACCCCUGCGCCAACAAGGGCGUAUGCACCCUGCUCUCCCUGGACAAGUACGAGUGUCACUGUGCCCGCGGCUGGACAGGCCCGCGCUGCAACCGCGAGGACAGCUGUGUGUCCAGCCCCUGUGCCAACGGGGGAACCUGCAGCUCUCUGCCGGGGGGCAAGUUCAGCUGCAGCUGCCCGUCGGGGUACGGGGGCCCGCGCUGCCUCAACGACACCGACGAGUGCGCCACGCCGUCCCUGUGUCAGAACGGGGGAGUCUGCGUGAACACGCCGGGGUCCUACCACUGCAGCUGCGCCCCGGGCUUCACCGGACGCCACUGCGAGACCCCUUACGUGCCCUGCUCCCCCUCGCCCUGCGUGAAUGGCGGCACCUGCCGGCAAACCUCUGAAACCAGCUACUGGUGCCACUGUCUGCCAGGCUUCAAUGGGACAAACUGUGAGAUUAACAUUGAUGACUGUCCUGACCAUCGCUGUCAGAAUGGCGGUACCUGCAUGGAUGGGGUCAAUACGUACAACUGCCAGUGCCCACCUGAGUGGACAGGUCAGUUCUGCACGGAGGACGUGGAUGAGUGUCGUCUGCAGCCCAACACCUGCCAGAACGGGGGCACCUGCAGCAACAGGCAGGGCGGCUACAACUGCGUCUGCGUCAACGGCUGGAGCGGCCCCGACUGCGCGGAGAACAUCGACGACUGCGCCACGGCCUCCUGCACCGCCGGCUCCACCUGCAUCGACCGCGUCGCCUCCUUCAUAUGCACCUGCCCCUUCGGAAAGACAGGCCUGCUCUGUCAUGUGGACGAUGCUUGCAUCAGUAACCCGUGUCGCGAGGGAGCGCAGUGUGACACCAACCCCAUCAACGGCAAAUUCAACUGCAACUGUCCCCCUGGCUACGUGGGCAACACCUGCAAUGACGACAUCGACGAGUGCAUCAUUGGGCCAAACCCUUGUGAGCAUGGUGGCCAGUGUGUGAAUACCGAGGGCUCCUUCACCUGUAACUGUGCCCCGGGCUACGCGGGCCCGCGCUGCGAGCAGGACCUCAACGAGUGUGCGUCCAACCCCUGCCGCAAUGACGCCACCUGCCUGGACCAGAUCGGGUCCUACACCUGCAUCUGCAUGCCAGGGUUCGAUGGACAGCACUGUGAGAACGAUAUUAAUGAAUGUAUCAGUUCCCCCUGCUUGAACAAUGGGAAGUGCCUGGACCAGGUCAACCGCUUUGUGUGCCAGUGCCCACCAGGCUUCAGUGGAGAGAUGUGCCAGGUGGACAUUGACGAGUGUGCAAGCACACCCUGCCACAACGGUGCCAAGUGCGUCGACCGACCCAACGGCUACGAGUGCGAAUGUGCUGAAGGCUUCACCGGGCCCCUGUGCAUGGAGAACAUCAACGACUGUGACCCAGAACCCUGCCAUCACGGCGUGUGCAAGGACGGCAUCGCCACCUUUUUCUGCGAGUGCAAUCCAGGUUACACCGGCUCCAUCUGCAACCAGCAGGUCCAGGAGUGUCACAGCAACCCCUGCCAGAACCGCGGCCGCUGCAUCGACCUGGUCAACAAGUACCAGUGCAACUGCCUGGCUGGCACCGCUGGAGUGAACUGUGAGAUAAAUUACGAUGACUGCGCCAGUAACCCGUGCGAGUACGGAGUGUGCCAGGACGGAAUCAACGAGUACAAGUGUGUCUGCAACCCGGGAUACACAGGGGAGAGGUGUGAUGUUGAAAUUAACGAGUGCAACUCGAACCCGUGUCUGAGCGGGGGCACGUGCGAGGACAGGGUGAACGGGUUCCACUGCCUGUGCCCCCCCGGCACCCACGGGCCCAUGUGCCACUCGGGGGCAGACCACUGUGCCCCUCAGCCCUGCGUGCACGGGAGCUGCGUGGAGCUGCAGGACGGGUACCGGUGUGACUGCGAGUCGGGCUGGGUGGGGCAGCACUGCGAGCAGGAGCAGGACGAGUGCCAGUCCAACCCCUGCCAGCACGGGGGCAGCUGCACAGACCGCCACAACGGCUACACCUGCAAGUGCAGCCGCGGAUUCUCAGGUGUGAACUGUGAGAUCAAUGUCAAUGAGUGCGAGUCCAGUCCCUGCAGGAACCAGGGCACCUGUGUGGAUGGAGUCAACAGCUACACCUGCAGCUGUGCCCUGCCCUAUACAGGAGUGCACUGUGAGGUGGAGCUGGUCCCCUGUGCCUCACAGCCCUGUGAGAGAGGCGGUGUGUGCCAGCCGUCCCUUGACUACACUUCAUACACCUGCCGCUGUGCUAGUGGGUGGCAAGGUCCGCGGUGCACUGAAGAUGUGGACGAGUGCAGGACCAGCCCCUGCCAGAACAGGGCGCUCUGCAUCAACAGUCAGGGCAGCUACACCUGCAAGUGCCAGCCGGGAUACAGCGGCCACAACUGCCAGACCAACAUCGACGACUGCUCUCCCAACCCCUGUCUGAACGGCGGCUCCUGUGUGGAUGGUGUGGGGGGCUUCUCCUGUGACUGCCGGCCCGGGUUCAAAGGGGAGCGCUGCGAGGCGGAGGUGGACGAGUGCGCCAGCCAGCCCUGCCGCAACGGCGCCAAAUGCACGGACUACGUGAACAGCUACGUGUGCGAGUGCCCGCCGGGCUUCGACGGCAUCCACUGCGAGCACAACAUCCCCGAAUGCACAGAGAGCUCCUGCCUGAACAACGGCACCUGUGUGGACGGAAUAAACACCUUCUCCUGCCGCUGCCGGCCCGGCUUCACUGGAGCGUUCUGUCAGUAUGAGAUCAACGAGUGCGACUCGCAGCCCUGCAAGAACGGGGGCACCUGCGCAGACGGCCUGGGGACCUACCGCUGCUCCUGCCCCGUGGAGUACACCGGGCAAAACUGCCAGGUGAUGGCAGACCUGUGCAUCCGGAACAUGUGCCUCAACGGAGGGACCUGCGCCCAGAGCGGGACGUCCUGGAUGUGCCACUGUCCCGUGGGCUGGACCGGGCUGUACUGCGAUGUCCCCAACAUGUCCUGCCAGGCCAUCGCUGCCGCCAGACGCGUGUCGGUGGAUAUGGUGUGCCAGCACGCGGGCCGCUGUUUCGACACCGGGAACACUCACCGCUGCCAGUGCCAGGCAGGAUACACAGGCAGCUACUGUGAGAAGGAGGUGGACGAGUGUCUGUCUAACCCCUGUCGCAACGGCGCCACCUGCGUGGACUACCAGGGCGGGUACGAGUGCCAGUGCAAGGCGGGCUACCAGGGGGUCAACUGCCAGUACGAUGUGGACGAGUGCCAGUCCCAGCCGUGCCUCCACGGAGGCACCUGCAUCAACCUGGUCAACCGCUACUCCUGCUCCUGCCCGCCAGGGACACACGGUUUGCGCUGCGAGGUGGAUGUGGACGACUGUGAGCCGGAGCCUGGCUCCAGGGCGCCGCGCUGUCUGAAUGGGGGUCAGUGCAUGGAUGGGGUGGGGCGCUACACCUGCUCCUGCCCCCCAGGCUUUGCGGGCGAGCACUGCGAGGGCGAUGUGAACGAGUGCCUGUCUGCGCCCUGCCACGCCCCCGGCAGCCUGGACUGUGUGCAGCUGGCCAAUGACUACCAGUGCCGCUGUCGCCUAGGCUACACAGGACGGCACUGUGAGUCUAUGGUGGAUCUGUGUCUGUCCAAACCAUGUCACAACGGGGGAACCUGUUCAAUGAACAUGAGCUCAGUCCAUGGAUACACCUGCAGCUGCCAGCUAGGUUUCUCUGGGUUCAGCUGUGGCGAGGUGGAGGGGUACAGCUGUGCCAACCUGCGCUGUCAGAAUGGCGGGCGCUGCCAGCCGUCCCAGGACGGGAGGCUCCAGUGUCGCUGCCCGCCUGGCUUCAGCGGCCCGCGCUGCGAGACCAUCCAGGGCUGCCACGCCCGCCCCUGCCAGAACGGAGGCACCUGCGUCAAGGACCCCCGCAGUCCCCACCAGUUCACCUGCCACUGCCCCGCCCACUACUCGGGCAAGCGCUGUGAGACCAUGGUGUUCGACCCCCGCCUGGCCCCCGAGCCGCACUGUCCCUACGACCAGUGCGCGUCCCGGGCCGGGGACAUGGUGUGCGACCCGCAGUGCAACCAGCACGAGUGCGAGUGGGACGGCGGCGACUGCUCCCUGAACCGCCAGCGGCCCUGGGAGAACUGCACGGCCAGCGUGCGCUGCUGGGAGCUCUUCCGCAAUGGCCACUGCGACCCCGAGUGCAACAACCCCGGCUGCCUCUUCGACAGCUUCGAAUGCCAGACCGUGCCCAGCUCCUGCAAGUACGACAAGUACUGCGCGGACCACUACGCCAACGGCCACUGCAACCAGGGCUGCAACACGGAGGAGUGUGGCUGGGACGGGCUGGACUGCUCCGGGGACACGCCGCCGCAGGUGGCCGACGGCACGCUGGUGGUGGUGGUGCUGCUGCAGCCGGAGGAGCUGCUGGGAGACCUGCGGGCCUUCCUGCGCGCCCUUGGCACCCUGCUGCACACCAACCUCCGCGUCAAGAUGGACGCCCAGCAGAGGCCCAUGGUCUUCCCCUACUACGGCACGGAGCAGGAGGGGGACAGCGGGGGCUGGGAGAAGCGCAGGGGCAAGCGCGAGCUGGGGAAGGAGGUCAUCGGGUCCAGGGUGUUCCUGGAGAUCGACAACCGGCAGUGCGCCCAGAGCUCUGAGGACUGCUUCUCCAGCACAGACCUGGCCGCCUCCUACAUCGCCGCUGAGAGCCUGAGUCGAGGGGGCAGAGUCGAGCUGCCCUACCCACUGGUGUCUGUCAGCAGCGAGCACCUGGACCAUCCGCCACCCCCUCCCCUGCUGUAUUUGGUUGCCGUGGCGGUGGGCAUCAUUCUGCUGAUUGUGGUUUUGGGAGUGCUGGCAGCCAAGCGCAAGCGCAAGCAUGGCAUUCUGUGGCUCCCUGAUGGAUUCCUCACCAAGAAGGACGGCAAGCGGCGGGAGCCCGUGGGCCAGGAUGACUUCGGCAUGAAGAACAUGGUGAAACCUCAGGAUGGAGGGAUGAUCGAUGCCAACCAGAACCAGCGCUGGCUGGAAGAGGGCCCGCAGCCGAAGAAACCCAGGACGGAGGACAAGCCCCUGCUGCCAGUCGGAGUGGAGGGGGGCGGCGUGGACCGUCGGGAGUGGACGCUGCAGCACCACAAAGCGGCCGACAUCACUCUCACUCCCCCCCAGGCUGAGAUGGAUGUUGACUGCCUGGAUGUGAACGUCAAAGGCCCAGACGGCUUUACCCCGCUGAUGCUGGCAUCGCUGCGUAACGGCGGGGCGGAGUGCAGCAGCCUGCUGGGGGAGGACGGGGAGGAGAGCGGCGGGGACGAGCCGGGGGCCAACAUCAUCACGGAGCUCAUCGACCAGGGCGCCACGCUCAUGGCGCAGACCGAUCGCACGGGCGAGACAGCGCUGCACCUGGCCGCGCGCUACGCCCGCGCCGACGCCGCCAAGAGGCUGCUGGACGCCGGGGCUGAUGCCAACGCGCACGACAACAUGGGCCGCACCCCUCUGCACGCUGCCGUCGCUGCUGACGCCCAGGGCGUGUUCCAGAUCCUGAUCCGUAACCGGGCCACGGAGCUGGACGCCCGGAUGAACGACGGCACCACGCCCCUGAUCCUGGCAGCUCGUCUGGCUGUGGAGGGCAUGGUCGAGGAGCUGGUGCACUGCCACGCUGAUGUCAACGCCGUGGACGACCAUGGCAAGUCAGCUCUGCACUGGGCAGCUGCUGUCAACAACGUGGAGGCCACUCUGGUGCUACUGAAGAACGGAGCCAACAGAGACAUGCAGGACAACAAGGAGGAGACUCCCUUGUUCCUGGCGGCUCGGGAGGGCAGCUUUGAAGCGGCCCAGGUUCUGCUAGACCACUACUCCAACAGGGACAUCACCGAUCACCUGGACCGGCUGCCCCGGGACACGGCGCAGGAGCGCAAGCACCACGACAUCGUGCGCCUGCUGGACCAGUAUAACCUGGUCCACAGCCCACACGCCGGCCCCAACCACCUGGGCGGGGGCACGGCGCACUCCUCCCUCGUCUGCGCAGGCAACGGGGGCGGCUUCAUCGGGCUGCGCCCCGGGCCGCAGGGCAAGAAGAGCAGGCGGGGCGGGGGUAAGGUCGGAGGGGUGGCGGGGGGCACAGCCAAGGAGCUGAAGGCAAAGAGGAGGAAGAAGCCGGCAGGAGGGGAGGCGCCCGCGGGUGGGGCGACGGGAGGGGGCAGUAGUAACAGCACCAAGGCUGGAGGAGGGCUUUCAGAGAGCUCCGUCACCCUGUCUCCUGUCGACUCGCUGGAGUCGCCGCAUUCGUACGCUGGAGACGCCGCCAGCACGGCUAACACGGCCACCUCGCCACCGCUGCUGGGCAGCCCCUCAGCCAGGCCUCUCCUGCCCCCUGUCAGCCACAUGCUGGGGCAGCAGCAGCAGCAGGGCUGGGUCGGCCUGGCCAAGCACGGCUACGGGGGCCACAUGUUUGGGCUUCUGCCCCACCAGCUGGGUGCCUCGCACACUGGCCUGUCCCAGCACCAUCCUACCAGCCUGCUCACCCCCAUGAAUGUCACCAUGAGCCGCGAGCAGCUGCCUCCUAUUGUCACCUUCCAGAUGAUGGCGCCGGGGGGCGGGCAGGCCCUGCUGAAGCAGCCCCAGCCUGGGCAGGUGCAGGCACAGGGGCAGAACCAGGGCCAAUCCCACUCUCAGCAGGGCCCUUCUCACCUGCACUGCACGCAAGGCAUGAUGUACCAACUGCCGGAGGUGGGCCUUCAGCACUCGCUGCCCCACACUCUCCCGCACCCCCACUCCCAUAACCACUCUCUCCCCCACGGCCACGGACUGGCAGACGCCCAGUCCCGCCAGCUCCCACCCUACCAGCCCCUGCAGAGCCCUGUGGAUAAGUACCCCACCCCCCCAUCCCAGCACAGCUACGCCACCGCCGGAUCAGAGGGCACCACCCCCGGGCACCCUGCCCAUCCACCCAGCGAGCACCCCUACCUCACCCCCUCGCCAGAAUCCCCCGACCCCUGGUCCUCCUCCUCCCCUCACUCCAACUCAGACUGGUCUGAUGUCACCACUAGCCCCACCCCUCUGGGGAGUGUGCGUGCCCUGCCGCCUCCCUGCCACACACACAUCCUGGAGCAGGCGCAGCUGCAGCCGCAGCAGCAGCAGACCCAGGCGCAGCAGCCCCAGCGCAGCAGCAUGCAGGUGUACGCGUAGAUACGGACCCUCCGCCCUGCCCCUCCCCCUCUGCCCUCACGUCCCGGCCUCCGUUUCCCUACAUCCUCACUAAGACAUGUAGCUUUUCCCAUUUUCCCUCCUGCACUUUUCCCUUUCAUCCUGGGAUAUUUUUCCUCCUCCUAUCCCUGCAGUUACACUAAUCAUCUUAUCAUGUUCUCCUCCCAUACUCUCUUCUCUGCACUUCAGCACUCUUACUGUGUAUAUAUAUGCUGCCUGUUGUAACUUCUGACAUUGCCUUCACGUGUCUACGCAUUGCUAACUUUACAAAGAUCCAAACCAAAAAGUGCUGUGUUGACUGGUUACAUUUAUAAGAAGGAUCUUAAAACAUCUCCACUGUUACCUGUAUUUACCCUCUGUACACGUUAUGGGACAAGUUAUCUCUACUUUGGAAAUGAAGAUCCAGGACUUGGAGAAAAGGCGGUGGGUUUACGAAAAGAAAAGGCUCAGACAUCUUCAAA